GAAAUCAAACAAUUUUUCAAGGUUAUAUUUAUCUAUUUCAUAGUUCAUAUUGCAUACUCCACCAACAAUACCAACAAUGGCGGGAGAGAUGAAAACGAAGACUGAAGAAGAAAAAAACAUGAUAGAGGUUUUUCCAGACGAAUGCAUUGCCAAUCUUACUCUCUCAAACAAUCCUGUCAUUAUCGACAAUGGUAAAAAGAGUAUUCAGUUAGAGAAACAAAGUGGUAAAAAGAUAUACAUGCUUAGUGCCAGGGAUCUCUCCAUCGCUUGGGGUGACACUCCUACCUACUGGGAUUGGAUAACUCUACCUGAGUCUAGAUUCCAAGAAGUUGCUAGGCUAAAUUAUGUGUGGUGGUUUGAAAUUUAUGGGAAAAUUAACACACAUAUUUUGUCCUCAAAUACUCAAUAUGCAGCAUUUCUCGUGUUCAAAUUGAUUGAUCCCCGUGAUUUUGAUGUUAUUCCUGUGGAAUUAACCAUAGAUAAAUUUGAAGACCGCAUAUCUACAAAACAAGUUUGGUUAGAUCCAAACUUUGAUAAGGAACGAGAUGAUGAGUUAUCAGGACUAGAGAGUCCAAAACUGAGAAGUGAUGGGUGGUUGGAGAUCGAGAUUGGAGAGUUCUUUAGUUCAGGCAUACAAGAUGAAGUCAUUCAGAUGGGUGUUGUCGAGAUUAAGGCUGGUCGUAUAAAAUGUGGUUUCAUUCUUGAAGGAAUAGAAAUAAGACCUACCAAUCGUUAGUUGGUCCAGUGGUGAUUGGCGCUGGACUUGGUAGGGAGAACCACGGUUCGAUCCCUCGCAACUGCGAUCGGGAGGGGGCUUGACCCACUUGAUGCCAGAGCUGUUCCCCCGAACCGGACUAAACCGGUGGUUAUAAACCAAAAAAAAAAAAAAAAAAUAGAAAUAAGACCUAAGAAUUAGAUUAUCAUUAAAAGAAAUCACUUUACUGUGCACUUUCUUAUUCUUAUUCAAGAAGUUUAUGUAUUGAAUAAAAUGCAUUUGAAAGAUUGAUGAAUUUGAUUAUUAUGUUAAGAGCAA